AUGCUCAAGAUUUCGAUCCCAAUCACGGUAUUCCACCUGCUCUGGAAGGUGUCCUUCGGUGGAGCUUACAGCCUUCCGCCGGUGGUGCAGAUGGGUGGUGCGAUCGUGGCCGCCGUGGAACAAGACGCCGAGCAGGAAGCCGCCAUCGAGGAGCAACAGCGAGUGGAUCGCCAGUGGCUCACGAUGGCCGAAUCCCAGUUUCACAGCCUGAUCAACGACGAUCUCAGCCAGGAGGAGGUAAACAACAUGCUACAGAGCUGGUCAAACGAAGGUCGCGGCAAGCACAAAAAGCAGAAAAAGCUCAUGAAAAUGGUAUAUCCCCUACUGGCUGCCGCAGCGGUGGCCAAAAUAGUAUUGCUGCCCCUGGUCUUGAAAUGGCUGACGGCACUUUCGACCUCAUCGUUUGUUAUGGGAAAAAUCGCACUCGCCACAUCCGGGCUCCUGGCCCUUAAAUAUAUUUUGUCUGGUGGACAUGCACACGAUCGCCUGGAAAUUAUUCAUUCUCAUGCACCUGCCAUCAAAGGACUGCACGGCACAGAUCUCUCCUCCAGCGGAAGCAGUUGGAUGCCCAUUCGACAACCCUUUAUACCCUUGGGACUUUCCAAGGACCAUAACUUUGACAACCUGUACAAGCCAUUUUUAUGA